CCGCCACCCGGCAGUAGUUGCGGAGGUCAGCCCCGCCUACUUCCUCUUUCUCUCGGAGCGACCGGAGGCGGCAGCGGCGGCGGCGGCGGCCUCUGCAGCGAUGGCCAAGAUAAAGGCUCGAGACCUUCGCGGGAAGAAGAAGGAGGAGCUGCUGAAGCAGCUGGACGACCUGAAGGUGGAGCUGUCCCAGCUGCGAGUCGCCAAAGUGACAGGCGGCGCGGCCUCCAAGCUCUCUAAGAUCCGAGUCGUCCGCAAAUCUAUUGCUCGUGUUCUCACAGUUAUUAAUCAGACUCAGAAAGAAAACCUCAGGAAAUUCUACAAGGGCAAGAAGUAUAAGCCCCUGGACCUGCGGCCGAAGAAGACGCGCGCCAUGCGCCGCCGGCUCAACAAGCACGAAGAGAACCUGAAGACCAAGAAGCAGCAGCGGAAGGAGCGGCUGUACCCGCUUCGGAAGUACGCGGUCAAGGCCUGAGUGGCGCGCUGUCAAUAAAGCACAGCUGGCUUGAGA